AUGGCCAGGAAGGAUGUCCUCCGUCGGCGGCGGCAGGGCGUGGCCGGCGACUGGGACGAGGACCGCCUCAGUGACCUCACUGACGAUCUACUUCUCGAUAUUCUGCGCCGCGUCGACACGCGCACCGCGCUCGGCGCCGCGGCGCUCUCCAGCCGCUGGGCCAGCCUCCCCCGCGAGCUCCCCGCCCUGGACCUCAAGGUCACGGACAUGUUGCCGCCACGCUACCAUCGCCUCCACCUCCUCUACCACAAUGCAAGGGAAUCGAUGAUCAGCUCGACACUGGCCGACAGGAGGCUGCUAAGUGCCAUCACCGGGCGAUACGAGCGCCACGCCAUGCGAGCCUUGGUCCGCUCCGUCAAGGGACUCCUGGCCAGCCGAGCUCGCCGGCGCGUCGAGAGGCUGUCGCUCGAGGUCUUCGCGUACAGCACCUCGUCCUGCAUCAACCGCCUUGUCGUGGACGCCGUCGACUCCUGGGGCGUCCGGGAUCUGGAGGUUGUGGCCACGCCGACGGGGCCACUCCCGUAUCCGGAACCGCCGCCCUACAGCUUUCCUUGUGGCCUCAUCAGCAGGAAGCCCGGUGAGUCCCGCCUCCGAAGUAUCAAGCUUGCCAACUGUUUGCCCCCGCCGCUCCAGGAAUUCACCACGCUCACCACGCUCGUCCUGCGAGACCUACCGGCUUCCACGCCGGCGGCCGCCUACGAGGGAGUGGUCGCCGCGUGCCCGCAGCUGCAGGUACUGCACCUUGUGUCGUGCCAGUUCACCAGCAGAACCCGCAGGCUGGUAUUGGACUCGCCCAUGUCGGAAAUCAGGGAGCUUUUAGUCGAUGGGCGGCUCAUGGUGGUCGAGCUCCGGUGUCUUCCUAAGCUCGAGAGCCUCACCAGCUUGCACGCCGACGUGGUGCUGUGCUCAACUGCCGCCGCCCCCUGCCUUGCACGCGUGAGCUUUGCCUUCUCUGUUGGCCGACUGGAAGGGGACAGUUUCGCGGUCGUACACCGCCAGCAUCUGGAUUGCUUGAUUCGUAUGCUCCUGGAGUUCUUCCAAGGCGCCAUCAGUGUGAAGGAUCUCGUCUUGCGGUUUACUGGGCCAGACAUGUGGAUCCUGCCUAAGAAUCCCUUCUCUGCAAUGUCAAAUCUGAGAAGGCUGCUCGUUGCAGAUGUGCCAUCGUCGUGGGACAUCUCAUGGCCGCAUCUCCUCAUCCAGGCGGCGCCAUUGCUUGAAAGCCUUUACGUCCACGCCUCCCAUGGUGAAGACGAGCCGAGUCAGGAGGUACCGGGCAAGGCCUCGUCCUCACGCCAUCGCCAUUUGAAGGAGCUGGUCGUCAUUGGCUUUCAGAGAACGGAGAGGCAGAUGCACCUUGUGAGGUUCUCUGUGGAGGUAUCCACGGCACUGAGCCGUGUCUCUCUACUCAAGCAUGGACAUGUCAUGGACAAGGGGCCCUGCUGCGACUGGGAGGUGGUGAGCCAGCCCAGCACAUGGAGUGACGAGGAGAAACUUGCCGUUUUCAAUGGGAUAGGUUGUUCGGCGGGACAGAUCGAAGUGGUCUUAGGUUGAAUCCCAUGCAGUCGCAUAUCUGAAUUUAUGAUAUCAUGAGCUUGAUCUUGUCAGCUUUGAGAAAUGAAGGUCGAUGGAUGUGCUUUCUAGCUCCCCAAUUCAAAUAAAUGGGGAGGGUAGGGGGCUUUACCUUCCGCUUCAGUACCGAAGAAAGGGUUUGUUGAUGUAAUUCAUAUGCCAUAUAUCUUGAGUGAAAUGUUUCAUUCAACU